UUUUGUGUGGAUCAAAUGAUGGUUGAUCUUACUGGCCACUGGUUUUCAAGGGAACGUUUUUCUGAUAAGAUAUACAAAUUAAAGAUAGGUUCUUGUCUUUUUCAGGCACACAAAGUGAGUGAGUUCAGACAAAACUUUCAGCUAAGAUGGGUGUAUUUAGUACCAUAGGUACUUGUAUUGGCUUUGGAAUUGGAACUUCAAUUGGUGUUGUCAUUGGAUACUACGUGUUUAUAUACUUUCAGCCAACACAUGUCAAGGAUCCCAUAAUUCGUCCUUUGGCCGAGCAAGAUGCCAAAACUCUGCAACAAAUGCUUCCAGAGAUACCCUUGUGGAUAAAGAAUCCAGAUUUUGAUCGUUGGAUAGAGCAAGCUUCUGAACCCAACAAGGAAGCAGUUAUUAAAGCAUUGCUAGGUGCAAAAGAAGCUAUGCUUGGGAUUAGAUAUCAUAUGCGCCUAAUGGGUGAGGCUGCAGGUGUUCCUAUUGAACCAGAAUCACAAACAAAACUUUUAGAUGCUACACUGAACUUGGAAGGAGUGUUGUUGGCUGGAGUUCCAAGAGCAGGAGGAUUUGAUGCUGUCUUUGCUGUUACUUUGGGAGAUUCAAGCAGCAAUGUGACAAAAACAUGGAGCUCACUCAAUGUUCUUGCCCUUCUAGUUAAAGAAGAUCCUUAUGGCGUUUCUUUAAAAAGUGUUGACCCUAGAACAAAUGAAGUCACUUCAGCUGUAUCUUCAAUUCAUAUUGAAUAAUUUAUUGUAAAUAUUGUUUAUUUUUAAUACGAUGAAUUUAUUUAUUUUUUGAAA